AUGAGCAGUGACAACCCCGAGCCGUUUACCCGCUGGUUCGGUUCGCCCUCACCAUCGCGAACGCAACCAUCUCUUCGACCUUUCGAUUUGAGUUCUCAAACUCGUGACCAAGAGAUCCCUCGCUAUGUGCAAGCCUCCCCUGAAUCGACUACAAGCCGUCAAGCCAGCCCUCAGUCAAAUGAAGACAUGCAGUUCACAAACACUUUUCCCCUCAACAAUGGCCCCCUCGCUUUCCAUGGCAGCGAGUCUGCGAUGCCUUCUCGGGUCUCCUUCAUCGCACGCAGUCGCUCAGGCACGCCGAUAGUAUCUGUAACCCCUCCUGUUAACGAUUCGCGCCCGACACCUCAGUCGAGACCGACCACUGCGACAGGCUCCUUUCAGCUUGAUGGCAUGAGAGAGGCUCUGGUCGAGGCAGAGAGACUGCCCGUCCCAAGGACUACUAGCCUUCCACCCCUGUCAUUGAGCCCCUCUACGCAACAUCAACGAAGACGAUCUAGCUCGCACGUUAAUGUCAUUCCGUAUCUAGUCGAGGACGAGGACCCACCAGAAGCUACAAAGGGCAAUAAUGGUGCUGCGUGCACAUGUGCUGCAACUGAGUACCACUAUCAUGAUAGGGGCGACUUUCGGGUCGAAGUGGUCUUACUCUCGCAGAGCGAGAUUGAUGAACAAACUUUUGAACUACUACGAGCGUAUCGUCAGUACCAUCUCCAAUUUACGUCUGGAGGGCAGUCCAACGGUCUGGAGCCCGAUAACGUAGCGGUUGAACCAACGGCCGCCAUCAAUACAUUUCAAGCAAUGUUUCGGGGCCAGCUGGAAGAUCCAUCUUGUCUCUUGCGUCCGAACGAAGGAGCGGUUCAGACGACAUUGCGCCAAUGGGCUAUUCAGGCUAGGCCAAGUCACCAUGAGGGCGUCACCACUUGUGAGACCUUGCAGCAUUGCUCUCAGUUCCUCGAGAACCUGUCCUCAGAGACAGUGGGGUCGCAAGACCCUGCGGUUUGGCCGUAUAUCAAGAGGAUCCGAGCCAGUAAGAGCGCUGCUGACCUGCUGAUCUAUCAGAACAUCAGAGCAGAGGAGACAAAGAGAGGGCGCCCCGACUUGGCCGAUGACAUCCAACAACAUGUUGACAACAUUGUGAAUCUGGAGUCAAAGAUCGACGAAGCCAACGACUCUGCAGACGAAUGUGAAAACAUUGAUGAUCCCUCGUAUUCAGAUAUACGUCGAGGGAGGGAGCUGCGUCGAAAGAUACAAAAACUGAGCUCAUAUUUGGCCAGACUCAGCACUUUCCUCAUUGAAAGCCGGAACAGGCAGGUCAUCGAACAAUUGAGGUCUCAAUACAGCUCAUCUGUGCCGAAUGGGGAUCUGGAAGUUCAUUGCGUCAGUAAUACUUUAUACAGCGAUAAGCGGGACAAAACGCGGGACGAGGCGCUACCAUUUAUUAACCUCAGCGGUAUUCCAGCUUUGAGAAGGCACUGCAUAGGACUUGUGGCGGACGCUCAGUCACGAGAAGUACUCAACUACAUCCAAAAGGAUAUCCCAGCUCUCAUUUCGGAGCUUGAUAUCUGGGUGCAAAACGGAGCUGGCACUCUGGAUGCUGAGAGAAGGCGUGAUAUACGUGAGGUUGUCAACGCUGUGGAACAUGGAAUCCAGUCUGCUCUGAACAAGAAUUCAAGCCGUAUUAGGACCAUCAGUAGCCUUGCUAACGCCACUUUUGAGUCCAAAGUGUAUAAGGUGACCUACAAGAUGUUUUGCGGAAACUUCGGGUACCACUCGACGCCCAAGCAAGCGGUUCAAAGUUGGAACCAUCAGGCCAUGCAUGCUAUGACCCUUGAUCUGAGUACGCGGUGGCGUGACUUCAAGUUUCAGCUUGAAGGACACCAUGCGCGGGUUCUUGAUACUGUCAAUUCCGUUCAGGCAGAUGCUGUUCAGAAGAUCGACGAUGAGCUGUCUGAGUUUCCUGCAUUCAUAUCAACAGUUCUGGGGGAGGUGGUUAGCCGCCGGAUCCAGCUACUUGCUGAGGAUAUUGAACGACACUAUACAACCCUGCUUGAGGAUCUUUGGUAA